AUGCUACCACCACCUACUUUGAGCUUCACAAUUCCUUCUGUCCACGACAAUCUGAAUCUCGAGUGUCGUAUCUACCAUCCGUCGAGUCUGGCACCCAAUUCUAUCUCGCAGGCUUUGCCAUGGAGAAAGAAAGCUGCUAUUGUUGCGCAUCCUUACGCUCCAUUGGGGGGAAGUUAUGAUGAUGUGGUUGUCGGUUUGAUUGCUUCUACCAUUUUGAAUGAUGGGUUCAUUGUGGGAACUUUCAAUUUUCGUGGUGCGGGCUCCUCAAAGGGGCACACUUCAUGGUCCUCCUUGCCCGAACAAAAGGAUUAUAUAUCAUUUCUCGGAUUCAUUGUAACCUAUUUACAUCACCUUUCUGUGCCAUAUUCUUCUAGGCCCCCGUCGUUUGCACAUUCCGAACCCCAACUUCACACCCUCGCUCCUGUCCCAUCAGAACGCUUAAUGCAGCCUACGAAUGAUGGCCUUCCAGGCAGAUAUACCUCCGCAGGAUCAGGCAUUGAGAGCAAUGAUGCGCAACCUCUAUUACUACUUGCCGGCUACUCAUAUGGAUCGCUUAUCACUAUAAACCUCGAGCCGAGCCUUCUUGGAAUGCUAGCUCCUUUCCAGCAACCAGCCUCUGGCAGUCCAUACGCAGACAUAAGAUCUCGAGCACGAUUCUUAGCCACUCAACAGAAUGAAAUGAUCGAAGCUACAUAUUCAUUGCUUCGAGCUGGAGGUCAUCGGAGAGGUCGUAGUCUUCAAUCAGGAGAACAAAUGAUAGAUCACAAAACUCGAUUAUCUAGCUCAGGGGUCAGAAUGGGCGGCGAUGAAGAUAUCAGAAGAGCUAGCCAUGAUAUGCAUGGUUCUGGAAUGAGACGAUCAUUUUCUGUGGAUGCACCGAUGAAAGUCAGGAAGAGCAUGGAUAAGUUCAAGUCUAUUGUUCAUCACGGGUCGCCAAGGAGAGAAGAAAGCCAGCCUUCGUCGAUUGAUCAGGGCGAAGAUAGUGUUAUAAAUCUGGGAAUUCCAGAGAGGCUUUCUCGUGAUAGGGGAGAUGCCAAUAUCAUGAAAAUUCUUGGAAGUGAUUUCAAAGUUGCUUAUCUACUCAUUUCCCCUUUACCUCCUGAUGGCAUGAUCAACAAUUUGGCCAGCAUCGGGAGCUUUAGAUUGACUUCGCUUUUCGGAAAGCAAAGCCAUAAAGUGGAUAACAACGUCAAGUUUAUAAUUGACCCUACUUUGGUUGUCUAUGGGACCGGUGAUCUUUUCGUCCAAGUUAAAACUGUCGAGCGCUGGACUGAAAAAUUGUUGAGUUUAUGUAAGAGUAAAGGAUCUGCGAACGGAGCAGUUUUCAGGUACGAAGAGAUCGCUAAUGGAGAGCACUUUUGGAGAAAUUCCAAGGCUGCUAGGCAGCUGGUGGAGAAAAUCAGUUUUUUUCUGUCGAAGAUACUGGAGUAAUUUUCUUACAUAGCAUGAUGGCAUAGACUAUAGAUCAAUGAUAAUGUUAAUGAAAUCACGAAAGUUCAUGAAAACAAUCAUCUUCAAACCUCCGCCAAGAUUUCACGUCUUUGUGUAAUACAUCGACGGAAAGUGAGACGAAGAGGGAACAGACAUCAAUGGAUUUCCGUCUGUUCAAUCGAAUGGAAAACUUCCAAGUGGUCGCGAAGGUGGAUUGAUGACGUAGUAUUUUGCUCUCGGUCAUAAGAGAAUUCGAUCGUUUGGUUAUGAUUAUAUGAUGAAGGGAUGCACAUGCUAUUUAUGUGGAAUAUGUAUAGUAUGCUGCGUGUAGAAUUUUGGAACUUGGGAAUAUAGGAUCUUUGUGGAUCCGUAAACUCUUUGGAUCUCUGUGGGCUUCAUGUGAAGAAGAUCUACUUGUAGUGCCAGGGCUUAUACUUUGAAGUAGUAGGAAAGUUGAUAGUGAAUCUAGCAGAGACUUUUCAUCG